GUGAAGUGCAUCUCGCGUUAUCCGUGAUUUUAUAACUGACAAAACAAUAGUCCAGGUGUUGGCUCGUGAAUAAAUCCACAAAUGAAGUGAAAAACAUCUGUUUGCAGAUCACCACGGGUCGGUGGACCACUUUCACAGUCGCUGGCGAUGAUUCCACCGACGAUGCACGGCCAUGAGUUCAAUCAACCGCUCUCUCGGGUCGUCAUGGUCAGGAAAACUGACCAGAGGACAUUCAGCAAAGGGCGAAGAGGUGGUGAACCGUUGCUCGAGACUGUUACACGAGAAACUGUUCAACUUUUUAAUGGAGGAAGGGCUGAGAGGAAGUACACCUCCGAGACCAGGGAUAUUGUUACACCUAAAUCCAGCAGUAUGCCAUCGCUGAACGUAAGUGGAACCAAAAAGAAGGUGGUCGCCUUUGUAGACCAACUUGAUAUCGAAAGAUCACGUGCUGAUUCAGUGAGAUCAAAGUCACCGCUGACAGCAUCUCCAGCAUCCCCUGGACCGCUGUCAAAUUCUCUUCAUGGCAGUUUUCAUGGAAGUCUUGGCAGCGAUGGCAUGUCCUGCAGCAGUGCUAGGUCAUCAUCAGCAUCUCCAGAUUCUGCACGAUUUUCCUCUGAACAGAUAACAAAGACUGACACGCGUAAACCAUCUGUGCGCAGAUCUGGACCUGGCAAGGAAUUCAUUGAUCUUUGUCUAGAGACACAUAAUUUCUUUCGAGCAAGACAUGGCGUACCACCACUCAGGCUCAACAGACAGCUGUGUAAAACCAGUCAGGAUUGGGCGAGUAUUUUGGCAACAAAAGGCAGACUGGAGCACAGAGCGAAUAUAGAAUAUGGAGAGAAUCUGUACUGCAUGUGGAGCUCAAAUCCAAAGACCAUCGUCAACGGCGAUGAACCUGUUAAUGAGUGGUAUGCAGAAGAAGCGCAGCAUCAGUACAGCAAAGAGCCAACCACCCUGAAGACAGGGCAUUUUACGCAGGUCGUAUGGAGAGACAGUACUGAACUCGGUGUAGGAAUGUCACGUAAUCGUAAUGGAGAAGUUUAUGUUGUGUGUAAUUACAAUCCAGCGGGCAACUUUCUCGGUAGUUUUAUGGAGAAUGUGUUACCACCUGGUGGAAGUCUGCCUGGAAAAAGUAAUAGUCUUAGUCCUAGAGGUGCUCACACAGCUGUCGAUGAGGCAUCGUGGCAGCAGGAGGCAUUACUUGUUCAUAAUGAGUACAGGAGGAAACACAGAGUUCCUGAUCUCAGGCUCAGCGGGGAAUUGACUUCUGCUGCGAGGGCUUGGGCCACAACCUUAUUGAACACAAACAAACUGGUUCCCCAGUCGAGUUCUCCAUUCGGUGAGAAUAUUUAUUCAGUGCAGUGCUCUGAUCCAAAACUUAUCGUUCCUGCACGUGAAGUCGUGUCCAAGUGGUACGCAGAGCGGAAAGACCACAAGUACGGCAUCGAACCAAAAGUAUUAAAUACCUGUCAUUUUACCCAGAUCGUCUGGAAAUCCACCACCGAAAUGGGAAUAGCAAUGGCUAAAAAGGAUGGAACGUGCGUUAUCGUGGCGUGUUAUCAUCCGAGAGGUAAUAUCGUCGGUCAAUUUACCGAGAAUGUUCUGAAGCCCGCACGGAUUGCAUGAUAAGUCCACCAAUCGUCAAUAACGCACCCAAAACGUAUUUACCGUAAAAUUUCCAAAAAUUCCUCGUAGGUGUAAAUAAAAGAA